UCUAAACUGGGGGGGCGUGGUCAGAAACCGAGCUUUUUCAGAGGGCGGGGCUCGGGAGCGGGUGGAGGCAAGGUGGGGGUGGUACGAGCUCCCUCUUGACCUUCGCUUCCUUUGGCGGUCUUGCUGUCGCGCUCUAGGCCCCUUGGAAUCACGUGGGCACGCACUAGCACCACUAAGGAGUACUGCUGCAAGCUCAGCCUUUGAAAAUUUUUGUUCGCAAAGUGAGAACAGGAAAAGUGUUUAAUGGUGGACAGCAAGUUCAUGGGGGUGUCCUGUAUUUUCCAUCUACAACGACAUGCCUGAUUAAACAUCCAUGUGAGAAAACCACAGCACUAUAUUUAGGACGGCAGGUUUUUUUCACAAGAGAUAACUUUGAGUAUAGUCUCCUUCCACUCACCAUCCCGACAUCAAUAAUGGUUGGCCGGCCAGAAGUGACCUCCGCACAUUUUGCUGGCUCACACCUGCUGUUAGUAGUGAAUCAGAGAGUCUACAUGUACAAUUACAAAGCUGGCCUCUGGAACACAUCCGAGGGUAUACAACACCCUGUUUCACAUGUUUCUGGUGAUAAUUGUUGUUUUGUUGGAAAUACCUUUUGCCUGGAGAUAAGUAACUCAGUUUUUGCAUAUUUGCAUGGAGAGCAGAUAUCUCAAGCCAAUAUCUAUUUCUCAAAUAAUGGAGGAUUCAGUUUUCAAAAGUUUACCUAUGAAAGACAGGCUGAAUUGGUUGGGUCUUUAGGGGGAAUCUUCUUCCUUCACGCCUUGUCACAGGUUGGGCUGCUUGUCAUUAAUAACAGGAAGGGUAUGUUCGCCUACUCUGACCACCCCCUCAACCGGAGUCUGGGGCUGGCCUUCGACUACAAUGAGACACUCGAGGUCCUCAUACCACCAGGCCAGAGAGGCUUACUGAUCCUCUGGAGCCAAAACAACCUCUUCUUGUCCCUCAAUGCAGGUCAGAUCGUGGAAACCAUCCAGGUUCAAAAAGGAGGCCAGACUUUGCACCCUUCUAUCUUUGGCGCCAAUAUCACCAUCCACACCAUUGCUGCCUAUGAGAAUGGCCUGGCGGUGUUGACCCGAGAGGAUCAUUUGUAUUACGGAAGUCUGGGAGUCCUGUCUGGUUCUAGUUCCAUAAUCAAAUUUCCAGACCAACAAGUGUGGUCCCAGGGGGCAGCCCUGAUGUUCCUGAACCCAGGGAAGCUUCAGAUCCUGACCCCACUUCCUGAUGCUGCAUCCCCUGUGUACGACUUCCAGAAGUGUGUGGUGAACAUUCAGGCAACUCUCAUGGAUCCUGACCUCCAUGUUGAAAAGUGCAAAAUAGAACUGAUGUAUGGAAACUUCGAAGGGAAAAUGUACACCAUGGAUAUGAACAGCCAGCUGGAAGUGACAGCUGUCCUGAUCCCCCGGCCAGACGCAUCCCUAAUUCCCCAGGUGAUGGUGAGCAACCCCUACUCCCUGGGGCUGAAGACCAGCAUCUAUGAGUCUGACAACACCUACGAAGGGAAUGUCCUGUACAAACUGUACAUCAGACUCAAGCAGCAGCACCACUGGGGCUGGUUCGACCCCAACUUCACCUCCAGCAUAAAGAGACCCACCAUGUCUACCCUCACUGUGGACAUCGCCAACAAGGAGAUCUCGUGUGUGGAUUUGAAGCCCCUGACGGCGCUUAUUUCCAUUGGUUGUGACCGGGAAAAGAAGCUUAUCGUGCAAAACAAGAUCUCUGCCUGCUCUGCGGGUGUCCUCGACCCUCGAGUGCUGCAGGACAACUACACCUACGUCAUCAAGAAGGGAUCCUAUGACCUCGGCCCUGGCAGGGAGUCGGCCAAAGGAGACCUGCUGGUGUCCUACCCAUUCAAGGACUUCGGCUGCCCCGGCCUUGUCUACUACGAGACCCCCUGGAAGCCAGUGAUCGAGCUGUGGCACGGGAACGAGUUCGCGGAGCUGGUGGAGGCCGAGUUCGUGCUGCGCGAGGUGCACGGGCUCCGCACCUUCUCCUACGCGCUCACCGCGAAGGACGCCGGCUGCCGCUCGCAGCCGCAGAACUGGAGCUCGGUGCUGCAGUCCGCGCUCGGGUCCGGACGCGCCCCCUGGAGCAGAGAGAGCUACGUGAGCUGCCACAGUCCCAGUUCCCAAACCCCCCUGAGGUGGCCAGACGUCCAGUAUCAGAUCCUAGGGGGCCGGACAGACAACAGGGUCAUUUUCAAACAAUGGAAUGGAAUCUACGUUUUCCACCUUUCCGUCUUGGAUCCGUACUACAGCUACUGCCGCCUGGAGACCACCUUCAGCAUCUAUGUGUACGGCGCCUACCCACUGUCCCUCUUUGCGCCCGGAGUCACCAUUGUCCUGCUGGUGGCCAGCAUGCUGCUGGCCAUGUGGCUGGCCCACAUCCUCCCCAAGCUGCUGUGUGCCCACGGCGGCCUCAAGAUCAAGGAGGCCUACAGGGAGCUGCGCCGGAGAUGCCACGGGCUCUGCCACUGUUGCCGUGGCCGGCAGCACUGACCGGAGCCCCAAAAGCCACCUUGAUGCCGCCCACAGGGGUCUUGCUCCAGGCUGCUGUCUUAAAAUAAAAUAUUUGGUAACAAAGCAAGAAGCAUGUGUGUGUGCUAGC